CUUUAUCCAUAUCAAAUCAAUCUGUGUGCCAUCAUGUCGUCCUGCUUCGGGUUCCGCAAUUCGCGCGAUGAAGACCACCGUCCCCUGCUACCCCAGUACCGUGAUGACACGACUUUGCAGCGCGAGCUUCACCAGAAGCUGCACUCGUAUCAGAUGAUACGUGCCUUAUCAAAAGGUUUCAUGCCGUCCAAUGAGCAAGCCGUCAUCAAUCUACGAAGCCUACUUGCCGCCGACAUUCUCAAUCCCGACAAUCCAGACCUAAGCGACUCCGGACGGCUGCUGGUGAGGUACACCAAGAGAUUCUUGCAUGAGUUCAUCGAUCUACUGCAGAACAAAAACGACAAGGAUCAGAUACAAGACUUCCUUUGGUAUCUCUCCAAGGCAAGAGUCUCAGUGGAUGUGCAAGACAUUGCCCACCGGGCCACCAAGUCCAAAGUCAAAUCAGACGCCGAAGCAGCGUACAGCAGCUUAAAAACGGUUGGAUCGUUGCUCCUCACCAAUUCGGAUUUCCGCAUCUUCCUUUCGGAUCUCAACGUGGUCGGCCGCGAAGUAUUCAAAGACACCGCCUUUACAUUGUCCGAGGUUGCGAAAGAGGCAGGGAACAAGAUUGAGCCCACACAAGCAGAGCAGAAGACUCUCAAAGAACCCGGUGCAGAUUCAGGUCCUGCCCCAUCGGCAGACCAACUCAAUGGCGACGUCUCCGAAGUUGCCAAGGUGGUGGAGUCGGGCACAGCAAAGGUCGCCAAAGAAGCACAACAUAGCCUGGCAGACAAGCUCACAGCCGAGGAAGGUGACUCGCUGUUGUAUCGUCUGAAGAAAACAGUGACGAAUCUCCGGAAGAAGGACGACUAUUCGGAUUCUGUGUCAACCUUAUCUCUGCUGCUCCAACGAUAUGCCGUGUCUUAUUCUCGGGUUGCCGAGGAUACAAUGGGUGCUACCCAGAAAGAUGUGCAUACGAAUCGGGCCAUGGAUCGUGCCGUCAAGAACUUUUGGACUUUUCUGUCGUCGUUCGGUAAUCGAGACGAUUGGAAGAAGCUCGAGGAAUGUUUUCACAAUGUCCUGGACCAUUCUCGAAAGGACCCGGAGUUUGAGGACCUCAUGACCGAUAUCGGCAACUCACUCCAAAAGUUACUCACUGAUCCUUCUUUCUUCGAUCACGCAGAUGACAAGUUUCAAGAACUCAGAAAAAAGUCUCGCAACGUCGGCACCGAUUCGUCUCUGCGCGAGGACGUGGACAAGUUCUUUGAGCAAGCACAAAACACUUUCCGCUCGGUAACCCAUGACGAAGAUAUCGCCAAGCUUCUCAAAACAAGCGUUCAGAUAUUCAACGUCCUCUCUCCCAGGAAUCAGUACGCCAACAAUGAUCUUGUUCAAGAUGCAAUCAAGGUCUUCGUCCCUCUCCUUAUACAAGCCAUACAGUAUAUUCCCAUCCCACGUCUCGAAGUCUCCACCCCCGAAAUCGACCUCCUCCUCGAAAAUCUCAUCAUUGAGCCUGGCCAAACCAUCAACAACACCUCUUUCCUCCCAUUCCGUUUCCGCGUCGAAACCUACAACGACCUUGAAAUCUACAAAGCUCGCUUCCGCACCGCAUCGUCCAUGACCUCCAAACUCACCAUCAAAAUCGACGGUAUCUCUCUACGAGCCGACGAAAUCGGCUUCCUCCUUCGUGCCCAUAGUGGGCUCCUUCGCCUUGCCGACGAAGGCAUCGCCUCCUUUCAACUCGACGAGCGCGGCAUCGACAUCCACCUCGACGUCGAAAUUGCUAAAGAGCGUCAGGAGCAAAUCUUGACUCUAAACGCUGUCCGCGUUCACAUCCACAAACUCUCAUAUACACUCCGCCGCUCCAAAUUCUCGCUCUUCGGCUGGCUCCUCAAACCCCUCCUCCGCCCUAUCAUCCGCAAAGUCAUGGAAAAGCAACUGGCGACCGCCAUCGCAGAUGGCAUUCACGCUGCUAACCGUGAGCUCCUAUUUGCCCGUGAGCGUCUGCGCGCUACACGUAUUUCCGAUCCAGAUGAUCUUAGGACCUUUUUCAAGGCUGUGCUAACGCGCUUGACGCCUGCCGAGGAUCCGGAUGUGUAUAGCCGUGUUGGCGUCACGGAGCCGGGCCAGGGCGUGUUCAAGGGCAAAUAUACGCCUGGUAGCGUUGUCAAGCUCUGGGAAGAAGAAGGAGCGCGCGCUGACGAACGCAUCGAGGAGUGGGACGAGGGAGGCUGGAGGAACGAUGUUUUUGAUUUGCACGCCAUGAUGUUGUAA